AUGCCACAGUCGAAUGGACCGAAGAAUGUCGAGAGGCUUUUGAAAGAAUUAAGAAUUACUUAUCAAAUCCCCCAUAUGUUGGUUCCUCCCGAGCCGGGUAGACCAUUGAUAUUAUAUAUGUCAGUACUGGAUAAUUCUUUUGGAUGUGUAUUGGGUCAGCAUGAUGGCACUGGGAAGAAAGAGCAGGCCAUUUAUUACCUCAGCAAGAAAUUUACCAUUUAUGAAUCGAAGUAUACCCUUCUCGAAAGAACGCGUUGUGCCCUAACUUGGGUAGCACAGAAGUUGAAGCACUAUCUUUCAUCUUAUACUACUUAUCUCAUUUUUCGUAUGGAUCCGUUAAAAUACAUUUUUCAAAAGCCCAUGCCCACGGGCAGGCUUGCGAAAUGGCAAAUAUUACUCACAGAGUUUGACAUUAUCUAUGCGACGCGGACCGCAAUGAAGGCUCAAGCCUUGGCAGAUCAUUUGGCAGAGAACCCUAUUGAUUAUGAAUAUGAACCACUUCAGACCUACUUUCCAGACGAAGAGGUAUCAUGUAUCGAUGAAGUUAUUCAUGAUAAGGAUCAAGGAUGGAAGUUGUUCUUUGACGGUGUUGGUAACAAGAAGGGAGUUGGGAUAGGAGCAGUUCUUAUGUCUGAAUCAGGGGAAUAUUUCCCUAUAAUAGCCCAUAUUAGAUUUUAUUGUACCAAUAAUAUGUCAGAGUAUGAGGCUUGCAUCUUGGGUUUGAGGUUAGCUGCUGACAUGGGCAUCCAAGAGUUGCUAGUGCUAGGAGACUCAGACUUACUGGUCCAUCAAAUCCAAGGAGAAUGGGAGACUCGUGACCCAAAGCUCAUACCAUAUCAAUAUUGUUUACAAGAUCUUUGUCGACAGUUUGUGUCAAUAAAGUUUAAACACAUUCCUAGAGCUCAUAAUGAGAUUGUUGAUGCAUUGGAAACUUUAUCUUCGAUGCUUCAACAUCCUGGCGAAGCUCAUAUCGACCCUUUGUACAUACAGAUUCGUGAUCAGCAUGCUUAUUGCAACUUGGUGGAGGAAGAAUUUGACGGUAUAUUGUACAAGAAAACACUUGAUUUGGGUCUUCUAAGAUGUGUAAAUGCUAAAGAGGCUUCAACAAUCAUAAUUGAAGUACACUCAGGAGUUUGUGGACCUCACAUGAAUGGAUAUGUUCUGGCAAAGAAAAUACUUCGAGCAGGUUAUUAUUGGCUCACCAUGGAGCGGGAUUCCAUACGGUUUGUUCGUAAAUGUCAUGAAUGUCAAAUACACGGUGAUUUGAUACAUUCACCUCCCUCCGAGUUGCAUGUGAUGUCUGCUCCAUGGCCUUUCCUGGCAUGGGGAAUGGAUGUGAUUGGACCAAUAGAACCAAAAGCAUCGAAUGGUCAUAGGUUCAUCCUGGUGGCCAUUGAUUACUUUACAAAGUGGGUGGAAGCAGUAACUUUCAAGUCAGUGACCAAGAAGGUCGUGGUGGAUUUCAUUCAUUUCAACAUCAUCUGUCGAUUUGGUAUUCCAAAGGCAAUUGUUACCGAUAAUGCUGCAAAUCUCAACAGUCACUUAAUGCAAGAGGUAUGCUGUCAAUUUAAGAUUGAACAUCGAAAUUUGACUCGUUAUCGCCCAAAAGCAAAUGGGGCUGUAGAAGCUGCCAACAAAAAUAUUAAAAAGAUACUUCGUAAAAUGGUGCAAAGUUCUCAACAAUGGCAUGAAAAGUUGCCUUUUGCUUUGUUGGGUUAUCGCACUACAGUUCGUACGUCAGUGGGUGCCACCCCCUAUUCGCUGGUAUAUGGGACUGAGGCAGUUAUACCUGCAGAGGUUGAGAUUUCAUCCCUGCGGAUUGUUGUAGAGGCUGGAAUUGAUAAUGAUGAGUGGGUCAGAACACGCUUGGAGCAAUUAAGUUUGAUUGAUGAGAAGCGAAUGACAUCAGUAUGCCAUGGACAAUUGUACCAGAAAAGAAUGGCACGAGCAUACAACAAAAAGGUGCGUCCCAGACGUUUCGAAGAGGGUCAAUUAGUGUUGGGAUGUAUUCUGCCACACCAGGCUGAAGUCAAAGGCAAAUUUUCUCCAAAUUGGAAAGGACCAUUCAUUAUAAAGAAGGUAUUAUCCAAUGGUGCUCUUUACUUAGCAGAUAUAGAAGACAAAAUGACAAAAAUGGUCAUCAAUGUUGAUGCUGUGAAUAGAUAUUAUAUAUGA